AUGGUGUCCACGAUUACGAAAUCACCUCUUCCUCGUAACCCAAUUUCUGCUUUGCGUGUCUCGAAUUGGAAAAUGGCAAUGGAUGAUGAAUAUAAUGCUCUUAUUAAAAAUAAGACAUGGGAGUUGGUGCCCCGUCCGUCUAAUGUGAAUGUUAUUCGUUCUAUGUGGAUUUUUACUCAUAAAGUGAAAUCUAACGGUGAUUUUGAGAGGCAUAAAGCCCGUCUUGUAGGUGAUGGGAAAACACAACAGGUGGGCAUUGAUUGUGGGGAGACUUUCAGUCCGGUGGUGAAACCGGCUACUAUUCGCACUGUUCUUAGCUUGCCUUUGUCAAAAUCUUGGUCAAUUCAUCAACUUGAUGUUAAGAAUGCCUUUCUACAUGGUGAGCUUAAUGAGACAGUCUAUAUGCAUCAACCUCUUGGUUUCCGUGAUAAGACAUACACAUCCUGA